CGGACAUUUCAGGAACCUUAGCUCUUCACUGCUUGAUCGAUCCAUCCCUUCUCGCAUCACACCCAUCCAACAUUCCGGUUCCGAUCCAUGGCUGCCCAUCUGCGAUCCAUCAGCUUGCCCACACGGCCGCACUCCCUGGUCCUCAAAGCCGAGCAGGAGCUGCAGCGCCUCAGGUCCUGCUGCGUUUCGGUGUCGCCGCCGGCACCUGCGCACGCCCUGCGCGCUCUGCUCCAUGACCUCAGCGACCUGCACGAGUACGUCGAGGAGGUCGUCCGCCUGCCCACCAACUGGGACGCGCUCCGCCUUCCCCGGCACCGGCGGCUCGUGGAGGGCGAGCUGGAAGCGUCGGUGACGCUGCUGGACCUGUGCGGCGCGGCGCGGGACGGCCUCGCCGACGCCAAGGAGCAGGUCCGGGACCUGCGCUCGCUUCUCCGCAGACACCGCCGCGCGGCGAACAGCAGCCACGGAGCACCACGCCGAGGCGGUGUCGACGCCGCUGCUGCCAGUGUCAGUGCCAGGGCGGCGGAGGCGUGUGCCGUGCCGCUGAAGAAGGUGGCCAGGGCGAUCAGGCGGGAGUCCGGCAGGUGUGCGGGUGCUGCCGCCCUUGACACCACCAGGGACGAUCUCGGUUGCGGCGGCGCGCAGCCGAGGCCGCUGGCGAUGCUGGCGGAGGUCAGGGAGCUCACCGUCUGCGUCCUGCAGUCGUCCAUGGACGCUCUGCUUCGGCAGGUCGUCGUCAGGCCGCCGAGCGCCGGCAAGUGGUCGCUCGUGUCGAGAGCCUUGGCGCACAACAGGAGCUGGUCGUUCGGGUCCGGGGAAGCUCGGGAAGGCGCUGCUCGUCGUGCUAACGCCGACGAUGAAUUGGUGUCGGGCUCUUUCGGCGCCAUCAAGGACGUUGCAGGUGGCGACGGGCCGUUGGAUGCUCGGAGCCAUUUGCAGUCGCUGGAGGGCUGCAUCGAAGGCCUUGAGGAUGGAUUAGAGCGCCUGUUUAGGAACCUUAUCAGCAGCAGAGUUUGCCUCCUGAACUGUGGGUCGUCGUCCAGGCCAACCGAAUAACGACCACGGUCAACGAACCGCCGACCAGGGCGUGUCCAGGGCUGCCUGCCACCUUUGGGCCCCGUCCCAUGCCCCCGCUAAAAUAC